UUCACUCGCAAACGAAACGAGUUGGAGUGCAAACGUCCCAAGCGGAAGAUCAAGUUGUAUUAUAGCGCCCGGAGUGGGAGAUCCGAACCACAAUUUCGCAUUGUAGUGUCUCCAGCAACAACGCCAAGAUUACAAAGUUGAAUAAAGUUGAAAAUUGCCGUAAUAAAUCGAAUCAAAUCAAUUGAGUGCACGUGACGGGUGCAGUUCAAACCCAAUAAUUUGCAUACAUAGAGGAGAGCUGUCCGAUCAGUUAACCCACUUUCUAAACGACCCCCCGACAAAAAGAAAGAUAUAUGAAAAAAAUCGACCGAAAAUUCCAGUUUGUAACAACGAAACCAAUUAACAAGCAAAUAAUAUUGAGUAAAUAACAGAAGAAGCAAGUGAUUCACACGAGAUAUUGUUUACUUCUAAGCUCUAGUUUUUUUUACACCAAGUCUUCCAAGUGAAGUGCGUCUACCUAACAAAAUCGAAAGAAAACAAAUACUCACGCGAAAUCGUUCGUUCUCUAACAACAAAAAAGCGAGAAAAAGCUGACUGGAAAACGCACGGGAAACGACACUGAUACCGGAACGCGUCUAUUCCUGUCCCGCAUCCGCGCACCACCCCCCCGUCGACUGUCAGUCAAUUGAAACCGCAACAGCAACAGCAGCAGGCAGAAGCAACAAUCUGCAGCACAGUAUACGUCCCCCCUCCGCAGCGAGAGGAAAAACCGGACAAGCGAGCCGCUAGAGAGGGAAAAACGUGACAGGAGCAAAAGUUCAAGCAGAAUAUGGCCUAAGGUUGUUGUACGGGAGUAACAGCCACAACUUGCAACAGCCACAAGCAGCAGCAACAUGUCGUCCUCCAUUUGCUCACACUUUACGCAGAAUGCGUGGAAGAAGGAUCUGUGCUCGAACUGCUUCAAGUCCAAGGACGAGCACAAGGCUGCCGCAGCAGCAGCCGCCUCCAAGCUGGGCGGCAGCAGCCAGCACAAGCAGCCCGAGGUGCAGCCCAAGACGGACUACCCCAACAAGCACAGGACACCGGCCAAGAGCAUCAUCAAGAAGGCCUUUGGGGUGCGCUUGACCAGCGGCGGCAGCAGCAGCAGCUCCUCCAGCGGCAAGUCCAGCGGUGGCAGCCACAGCAGCGCCAAGAGCGGCAAAGUUUGCUUCCCCAAGCAGCUGCACGAAAUCAUUGGCUAUGGGGGGGAAUGGUCGGAUGAUGACGACGACGAUGACGAUCAUGACUUUAUGAAUCUCGGCAACGAACACGAUGACAUGGCCAUCACGGAGACGGACGACGAGGAAACUGUGGAGCUCAAGCGGAUUACGCGUGCCAACACCGACUUCAACAUGAACAAUGGCAAUCUGCUGGGCGAUGCCGAAGAGAACAUUAAGAAAUCGUUUGCCGCCCUCAAGCUGGGCGCCCCCCAGGUGGACAAGGAGGGCAAGAAGCAAACGCUCACCAUCAAUGUGAUGCCCUUUGGCCAGCCCCUAAAGGGUUCCAAGGGUGCAUCAGCGCCAGCCCCGGCAAAGGGUGCUCCCCAGGAGAGCAAAAGCACUGCGGCAGCAUCCGUGACAGCGGCAACAUCUGGCAGCACAGCCAAGGCUAAGACGGCCACAAUUACCACAGCCAUCAAGAGCAGCAGCAGCAGCAGCAGCACGGUGACAGGAACAGCCAGUGGUGGCACCAAGAAGGUGACCACCACCCUAACACCCACACUAACCAUGACCAAGGUCACGCCAGCAAAGGGAACAGCAACAGCAGCAGCAGCAGCAGCAGCCACAUCCUCGAGGGAUGGCAAGGCCAGUCCACCCAUAGAGCGAGCCAUGGAAAAGUCCCUGCUGGAUGAGAUAUCCGAGACGUUGGAGCAGAAGCAAAAGCAAAGCGAACAGAUCACAGCGGCCGCAGCCACUGCCACAGUUGCAAGUGCAACCUCGGCUGGGGGUUGCAACAAAAUUAAAUUCGAGCUGAGCGCAUUGAGCGACUCGCCGAAGCCAUUUCUCGACCUUAAGAAGCCAAUCGCGCGGAACGCUCCCAUAACCAAGGAUCAUGCCAAGCCGCGGGUGAAUGUCUGCCACAAGUACUCCGACACGGACAGCAACUGCUCGGACACGGAGAAUGGAGUGUCGGCCUACUACGACGUCGUGGAGACGCAGCUCAGCUACGAGAAUCUGCCCGAUGGCAAGUACAGUGAGCAGGUGGGCGUGGCCAGCGCCCAGGCGGACAGCACCUCGAACACGGCCCACUACUCGAGCUCCCAGUACAUCACGGACAUGCUGCUCAGCUCGAAGACGCGUGCCGCCAGCUACAAUCUGCACGAGGGCAACUUUAUGACCAGCAAAAUCACCUCCGACGGCCUGAUCGUGACCAAGUGCAGCUCGGACGAUGCCCUGGACUCCACCGGCAGCAGCUUCGACGGCAGCUCGGACGAGGAGAAUGCCUACAACAUGAUCCGCAGCGAGUCGGACUCGGGCAUUGGCAUCAGCAUCGGCAGCGAGUACAAGAACGCGGGCGCUGCCAAGGGAGGAGCGGCAGCCAGCCAGCUUCAGGUGGAGAAGAAGCUCAGCGCCAGCACCAACAACUCUGACUACGAGGACAUACAAAUUGGAGACCAGGCCGCGUCCAAGCCAGCAGUCAAGAGUAGAGAGCUGCACGGCGAGCCCGAUGGCAGCGCCGAUCCGGACAACAGCCUGGAGCAGAAGCAGCAGCAACAGCAACAGCAGCAACAGAAGGAGACGGAGGCCACGGGACAGCAGCUGCCAGCGCUGCCCAAGUCCCCGCCACCACCCAUGAAGAUGGACGCCCGGCCCUCGUUCCUGCACGGCCUCAAGAAGCCCGAGCUGCCAGCCAAGCCGCUCGUCAGCAGCAGCAGCAGCAACAAUAGUCCUGCAGGCAGCCUCAACACUGGCAACACGCCACUGAAGACCUUCCUAGUGGGCAGCAAGCGGCAGCCGAGCUGCGCCGAGCAGCAGUUCAUCACGCAGCUGCAGUCGGCCAUCUCCAAGUCGAGCGAGAACCUGCUGCUGGCCUCUGGCAUCGCAGCUGACUCAGCGAAAGAUGCGGAGGCAAAGCUAAAGAAGGGCAAAGCCCCGAAUCCGCCGCCAGAGCCAAAGCUGAGCGCACCGCCCACGCCGGAGCGCGACUACAGCCUGGUAGUUGAGUUCGAGCAGGCCUCGAAGGUGGCCGCAACGGAGCCAUCGCUGUCAUCGCCAUCGUCAUCGCCCAAGCCAGCGGCUAAGGCCACGUCAGCCGGCAGCAGCAGUGAGCCACAGACAGGGGAGACUCAACCACAGACCAGUCAACCCGCUCAGCCCACAGGUGCAACAGCAGCAGCAGCCAUCAACAGCAGUCUGUACACGAGGAAGCCACCGCUGCCGGUGGCCGGCGGAGCACCCGUCAUACGGGAGAAGGACAAGCGCGAGCGGGCCGUCAUCAAUCCCAAGUUCCGCAGCCUCAACACCUUCGUGAUGCAGCGGGCGAAUGCGGCCAAGCAGCUGCAGCUGCAGUCCGCCUGCUCCGUGGUGAACCUGAAGCAGCCACUCACCCCAGAGCCGACGCCGCGCAACCAGCGGCACCUGUCCAUGUCCGAGGAGUGCCUGGCCGCCGCCGGACUGGCGGACAGCAAGAAGUCGCCUGCGAAUGCCUCGCCGCCGCAGAAGCAAAAGUCCAAGUUCUCCAUCAAGAAAUUCCUGCGCAUGGGCAGCAAUGGGGGCAGCAAGUCCUCGGAUUCCCAGCUCCACAAGAAGGACUCGAGCAUCUACACGGAGAUUUGCACGGGCGACGAUGGCAGUGUGCCCGGCAAGCCGCGGCUCGUCAUCAUCCAUCCGAUUGACAUCAAUCCCACGGCUGUGGAGGUGGUCAAGGACAUCACCAAGACGAGCGACACGGUGUCCGCCCAGACGGUGGCCGUGGUCACUGCGAAACCCCCCGCACCGCCGCUACGCGCCAGCGAGGGACAGCGCGCCCAUGAGGCCAACAAGCCGGCACGCCCACCGCCGCCCAAGAGCGCCGAACUGCGACGCAAGCAGAAGACCGAACUGACGGCCACGCUGAGUGGCAGCAGCAUGGACUCUGCCACCACAGCCAGCGGCUCCAUCAAGCUGAAGGCCGACAAUGUCUAUGCCAAUUUGGGCGAAAUCCGCUCCUCGAUUGCCCCACGUAAGCCAGAGCGUACGGCCAGCAUGAGGGAGCGCGAGGCGCAGCUGGAGCUGGUGCGGAAGCGCGGAAUACUAACCGAUACUAUCUCCAUUUGCUCGUCAAACGGUGAGAAUAUAGCAACGGAUACAGCCAAGUCGUCCCUCAAGACGAACAACCACGGACAGGACAGCCUGGCCAAAUCAUUGAAUGUCACCCCCACGGGCAACAGUCGGACGAGCACCUUUGAGCGGCAGCCGCAGAAGAAGAGCGAGACGAAGAUGUCCAUCUCCAGCAAGCUGGAGAUCUUCGAGCAGCGUUCCAGCGACGCCACGGACACGGCGGCACAGCGCAGCAGCUUGAAGGAUUCGGUGCGCAAGAUCAACAGCACCAUCGACAGCUAUCUGAAGGACAAACGCGACUACGAGAACUUGUACGAGUUCGUGAAGAUGGGCAACGGCAGCACCUCGCCCCAGCCACCAACUGGAGCCGCAGCACCAGCCACAGCUGCGAUGCCGCCGCCACCGCCCACACGCACCAACAUCGAUCUGGCAGCUGUGGCUGGGCAGCGCCUGAACCAAGCCACUCGCAGGAACAACAUCUACUCGGACACGGCCUCCAUAUCCAGCUACACGCGCAGCGAAUACGGACCCGUGCGCCACUACGGACUGAACAACAGCUUGGCAAACAUUCCACGGAUGAUAUCUGCAUCGUAUGCGGGCAGCGAGGUGGGCGAGUUCGAUAUCUAUGCGCCGUACAGCUACUACGGCAGCGAGGCAGGCGGCGAUGUGGCCACGGAUAUCAAUGACAGCGUCUGGGGCAUGCCACAGGCAAACAAGAACCGCAGCAAGGCCACGAAUCGUUUGCGCAUGCGCAAGGGACGCAGUGUCGUGCACAAGACCAUCGAGGAUAACUACACCGCCGUGGUGGUGGCCAAUCAUGAGGCACUCGCCCAGGUGCUCGAUCAGCUUCAACAAACUCCAGUCGUCCCGGCGGCACUGCGACCUCUGGCCAAUGCCAUUAACUUGCGCUAUGAGGACUUCACCAUCCUGGAGGGUGCCCAGGCAUUUGUGGUGGGCAAAAAGGCCUUCCAUGCGGCCCUCUGGACCUCAUCGCCCGUCACCCUGGCCCUGUCCGCCGACUGCAAUCAGCUGUCGGGCGUGGGUGGCGACCUGAGCCAGUUGACCGGCGGCGUGAGUGAAGUGCUCAAUCCCAUCACCGAGUUCUGUGACCUGGUGCCCAGCUACCAACUGCCGCUGAUGCCCUCCACGGAGGUGACCCUGCUGCAGGCCACCAUCUCGGUGCUGCCGCGGCUGCAGCUGGAGACGCUGCAAUCGAUCGGGGCCAUACUCAAGGGCAAGUCGCAGGUGCUGGACAAGAGCAACUUCAACUUCCGCGGCUCCAUUCCCAACCUGAGCGGACUGAAGGACACGGCCGCAAGCAGCGCCCUGAGGAACGUGGUCUCUGUGCAGAAUCUGAGUACCCUGAACGAGGAGUCCAUAGGCACGACCAGUUCGGGAGAGGAUGGCUCGGCCAGUGCCAGUGCCAUGCCAGCAUUCGACGACGUGAUGACACGGGAGGUGGCCUUCAUAAUGCUGCAGCUGGUCAAUGGGAUGAAGAAUCUGCAGGCCAAGGCCAUUGAGGAGACGCCGUUGAGUCUGUCCAAUGUGGUGCUGUCCAAGGACAUGGACAACAAGGAUUCCCAAGCACGUCUCUGCGUGCUGCAGGGCAACAACAACGAAGAUGAUGAGCCCAUGGGCACGCUCUGCAAGUGCGCCCAUUCCGCCUUGACCGACAUGCUGCCUGCCACCAAGAUCACACCCAUUUUGGCGGACAUCCUGCAGCAGGAGCGUGCCGAGUCGCUGUCCAAGGCCAAGUCCGUGCUGGAGUUUGUGCUGUGGGGACCGUCGGACGUGGCCCUCACGGGCUCCGUCAAGGAGCGUGAGCUGGCCCUGCAGCGCUGGCUGGAUCUGGAACGGGCCACCGUUCUCCAUGGGCUGGUCCGCACACGGGUCGAGCUGACAGUCUACGACGAGUGUCAUCUGAUGUUCCUCGUUCGUUCCACUGCCAAGAUGAUGAAUGAUGCGGCCAAGAUUGUCUGCAGCUAUCAGCAAUCGAUGUCGUCGGUUAGCCAGGACUGAUUCAGUUCUUAAAGGAAUUUCCUUAUAUUUAUUAUACGAAAUUGUCAUAGACAUUUAGUCCAUAGAGUCAACACACAUGAUAUAUCAUGAUAACAAAUACGAUAAACGAUAUAAUGGAUCCACGAUAAUCUACGAGUAUAUAUAUGCAUCUGUCUCUGUAUCUGUAUCUUUGCCUAGCGUGCCAAAUUGUUUCGCGCGGAAAUUGUCAUGUAUAAAUAUAUGUAUAUUAAAUGCAUCCCUAAACGAUUUAUGCAACAUUUAAAUUAAUUUGUAAACUUAUAGUAAGUCAUUAAUCUGUACGAAUAUAUUUAUAUACUACACAUAAAUCCGUACAAGAGUACGCAUAAUCGG